UUUAUUGACAACCGUAUUCAGUGAAUUCAAAUGACAUUUCAGGCCUUAUACUUUAGUCUGAUUUUUUAAAGCGGGAAAUUUAUUAUGUUCACCUAGUUUUUAAAGCCUAAGAGUUUGUGAAACGUUAUUCAUAGGCGUAAGCUAGCCGACUGCACGACUGCAAGUUACAGUUAUAUCUAGCUUUGCAUCGUUGCAUCGGCUGUCAAAUACAUUCGUUUUCAAGUUUUAACAAUGUAAAGGUUAUUGUUUGUAGUUUAUUAGUUUAUAAGUAUAGAAAGAUUGAUUUAAAAGUACUCGAUAGAUCAGAUCAUCAAAAGGUGAGUUUGUACAUAACCAUUUUUUAGGGGAGAGUACUCAAAUGUCGGAUAGACAUGUAUAGUCUGACUGCAGCAUGAGAUUAUUAUAGUCUUUAAGUUGAAGCCACGCUAGCCAUGAUUCAGAUAUUUUUCAAUAUUGUGAGGUCCAUCUUCAGUCUUAUAUUGAGUAUUUUUCGACCUUUGCAUCGAUUAUGGUGUCGGAGAAUUCGAUCCUCAGAAAUGGACAAGGGUAUCCCAAUGGCAACAAGUCAAUCUAUGACCAUUGACAUACCGCAGUCUUUCCCAAGUGGGGAAGAGCCUGAUAUUGUAAUGGAGUCAUGGGACAUCUGGGACUCUACUCAGCCCCAAGUGGUUCAGAAUAGCCAGUCAAACACCAGAACUGGAUUGAUGGGAUUACAGACAACCAAUCACAGUGUUCGUGGCAGGCGGCUAGAUUCAGACACAGAACCUGAGCCAGAACCAGAUUACUUUCAAGAUAUGGAGCCUGAUUUUAGAAGACCUGCAAAGAUUUUGAUCAAGAAGAAGGAAAACAAAGUCAACAUGGACAUUAUCUCAAGUCGGCUUGCAGCAAUAGCUGAUUCCCCUCCAGUGGGUUCUGAACUUGAAACAUGGGAUGACAAUGAGCAGGCAUGGAAUGAGGAAAUUGGCGAGGACUUAUCCUGGGAGGCAGAGGCAGCAAUCAGGGAGAAGCGUAGAGUUGACCGGCAGGAACGGACAAUAGAACAGCAAAUGAAAAAACAGCAACGUAAUGCCAUUCGAACCACAAAGAAAGAUUCACACAUAGCUGUGAAAAUUUCCUGAUCAAAAACAAAGGUGAUAGAGCAUCUGGGUACAUAUUUUGCAUUCUUUAACAAGAGAUUGUUGUGUUGAUGCUAGACCAGCCAUAUUAUCAGUCUUGGGCAGCUCCUCUUACAAUGAAAAUACUGACACAUCCUUACCACAGUGGAGGAAAAAAGGACACAUUUAAGUCAAUAAUAGUUAUACUUCGUGUAUUAUGUAAUGUUUAUUGCAGUUGGUGCAAAUAACUUUGCUUUUUUAAAUAAAAAUGUGUUUACCUUAGAUGGUAGAGGCCUUAGAGAAUGAAGAUGUCGAUAACUUGUUUGAAUUUGUACACUUAAAAAGCCUAUUUGUUUCUUCAAUGAAUUCUUUAAAUUUAAUUUGUGUAGCUGAUUCCCCACCUCCCCCUUAGGCUUCAGCAUGGGUAGUACGGUAUUUAGCCAGCAUUGUUAAAAUAUACUUGCAAUUUAGCUAGUCAGUGCUGCAGCAGAUUUUUCUAUCAAUGCUCUAUUUAGGUCAAAGAAAUUUUAUCUUUGACAUGAGAGGUAAUAAAUGCAGAGGGUUAUCUUAUAGAGGGCUGCUUUUCAUCUUGUGAAAUAUGUAUAUAUGUGCAGAAUUUUGUUUAGGAAGUAAUAAUUAUCUCUUUUAUGGAUAUAACUAUAAAGGGAGAGGUGUGUCUGUGUGAGUGUACUUUGUAUGUACAUAUUUGCAUAAUCUAAAUAAAGAAGUACAUUGUUAUUUAAUUACCUCCCUUCUUGUCUUUGAAGCAUGGAAAAUGGACGCUUUUAAAUAGUAGUUAAAUAUUUUGGUGUCAGGUGCAUGUUUUGUUUGUGCUGCAUUUAAAGAAAGAAGUCACUAUCAUCAUUUGAAAAAUUAUAAACUUGGAAUCAGGA